AUGUCGGCUGAACGAAGGGACUUUGUGAAAAACGAGGUGGUCGCGUUGACACAGGCAGGACAUGUCAAGGAGAUCUAUUAUCCCGAGUGGUUGAGCAACAUAGUCCUGGCCCCAAAAGGCUCCACGUGGAGAAUGUGCGUGGAUUAUACAGAUCUCAACAGAGCCUGCCCUAUGGAUCGAUUCCCCUUGCCAAACAUAGACCAGCUGGUAGAUGAGACGGCAGGAUGUGAAUUGAUGAGCUUCAUGGAUGCCUUCCGUGGGUACCAUCAAAUAUUCAUGCAUGAGGAAGAUGCUGAGAAGACCGCGUUCACCACCCAGAAGGCAUUUUUGCUACUUGGUCAUGCCGUUCGGCCUCAAAAACGCAGGCGCAACUUACACCCAGAUGGUUGCCAAGUUGUUUGGGAAAUCAAUGGGGGCAAGUUUCUGGGAUUUAUGGUCACUAGAAAUGGGAUAGAACCAAACCCAGAAAAGGGUGCGAUCAGCUCCGUGUUGGUCAAAGAGGAAGGAGGGACUCAGCGUCCCAUUUACUAUGUGAGCAAAGCUUUACACAAUGCAGAGCUAUGGUACACGGCCGUAGAAAAAACAGUGGAAAAUGAAGAUGGUGGAUGGUGGACCUUGUCUACGGAUGGCUCAUCCAACAGUAAAGGUUGCGGUAGUGGAGUAGUGCUCAUCACCCCAGAAGGAUUCCGCGCUUACUAUGCAAUCAGGUUCCAUUUCAAAUUAUCUAACAAUGAGGCAGAAUAUGAGGCCCUCCUCAACGGACUGCGGUUAGCAGUAGGACUACGAGCAGAAAAAAUUCGCAUCCGAUGUGACUCCAAGCUAGUGGUCGGCCAGGUGACUGGGGAAUACGAAGCCAAUGAAGGGAACAUGCAAAGGUAUAGGGACGCAGUGCUGCGAACCUUGCGAGAAUUCGAGGGGUAUGAAAUUCACCAAGUACCUCGAGAACAGAAUGCUGACGCUGACAUGCUCUCCAAGCUGAGCACUGGGAUCCCUGGCCACAUUCGCAAGAUUGCUCGGGUUGAGGAUUUGGAGACAUCCAACAUCGACAUCUCAUGGGUCUGCCCCGUGCAAUCCAGAGAGCCAUGUUGGAUUGACCACAUCACAAAGUACAAGAAGGAUGGCACUUUACCAGUAGACGAGCAAGAUGCAAAGCUAACAAGGUUGCGGCCACCCAGCUACGUGAUAUUGGAAGACAAGUUAUAUAAACGAGCCUAUAAUGGCACACUCUUGAAGUGUGUAUACCCUGACGAAGCAGAGUUGAUGAUGAGAGAAGUCCACAAAGGAGUGUGCUCCGCGCAUCAAGGAGCAUACACCAUAGCUCGACGCAUCAUGCUGCAAGGACGACCCGCAACCAACUACACUCCGGUGAGCACAGCAAUUCCAUUCUCAAGAUGGGGAAUAGAUUUGGUGGGAGCCCUGCCCACGGGCUCGGGAAGCCGGAAGUACAUUAUCGUGGCCAUUGACUACUUCACCAAAUGGGUGGAAGCUGAACCUUUGGCUAGUAUCACAGCAGCCAGGUGUAAAAAUUUUGUAGAGAAGAACAUACUAUGCCGCUUCGGCAUCCCCAUCCAAGUAAUCACUGACAACGGACGUCAAUUCGAAGGCAGAGAGUUUUCAGACUUUUUGACGGAAUGGGGCAUCAAGCACAGCCGGGUGGCGGUGUCAUACCCACAGGCGAAUGGUCAGGUAGAGAAUGCCAAUAGAACCAUCCUUGAUGGUUUGAAGAGGAAAUUGGAAGCAGCUGGCGGGGCGUGGGUUGAGGAACUGGACAGCAUCCUUUGGACCUAUCGCACAACCCCAAGGAAGGUUACUGGUGAAACUCCCUUCGCAUUGAGUUACGGGUUCGAAGCUCGAGCUCCAUCAGAGGUGAUGAUACCAAGUAGAAGGAUGGAAGAGUACGAGGCAGAGCAAAAUGAGAUCCAACAGGGAACCGAUCUCAAUUUCAUAGAUGAAAGGCGAGAAGCUGCAUUUUGUAGGAUGGAAAACUACAACAGGCAGUUGAAGUCCUAUCAUGACGCCAAAGCUAAACCCAUGUACUUUCAAGUAGGUGAUUAUGUUUUGAGAAGGAGAGAAGCCAGUCAACCCUUGGAAGGAGGCAAGUUCGCGAAAAAAUGGGAGGGUCCGUACAUCAUAGACUAG